UCAACCGGGUAGUUGUCAUAUAUGGACAAGGAUGAUCGAUUCAUCUCUCUCUAUCCUUCUCUUCCAACUCAAAGUUCUCAACAGCAUUGUCAAUCAAAACCCACCUUUUUCCUUUUCAAUUUUUCUAUUCAUUGCCCUUUAUUCCUUUUCUCUGAAAAAACCAUGCUCUCUGGUAAGGACAUUUACAAGAUUGUUGCAGCGAUCGUGCCCUUGUACGUGGCCAUGAUCUUAGCCUAUGCCUCUGUUCGGUUUUGGAAGAUCUUCACCCCACAACAGUGCGCCGGCAUCAACCGAUACGUGGCCACUUUCGCUGUCCCUGUCCUUUCCUUCCAUGUGAUCACAUCUUGUGACUUCUAUGACAUGAAUUAUCGCUUUCUUGGAGCUGACACUCUCCAGAAAGUGGUGAUUCUAGCCCUUCUUGUACUGUGGGUAAUCUUCAGCCGAAAUACGAGCCUUGAGUGGGUGAUAUCUUUCUUCUCCCUCUCCACCCUUCCAAACACCUUGAUCAUAGGCAUUCCUCUACUCCAGGCAAUGUACGGAGAUCCCUCAAGUAGUCUGAUGGUUCAAAUAGUGGUCCUGCAGGUUUUAAUAUGGUAUACCCUCUUGCUAAUCUUGCUUGAAUAUAGAGGUGCAAUGAUCCUGUUCAACGAACACUUUCCUGAUUGCUCUCCGGCAAUAACCUCCAUCAGGGUCGAUCCUGAUGUUGUUUCGCUCAAUGGUCAUGAAUCAUUAGAGGUGGAGGCCGAGAUAGAUGAUAAUGGCAAGGUCCACGUAAUGGUCAGGAGAUCCUCCACUUCAUCUAUGGAGUCCACACUCCGUAAAUCCCUCGAACAAUUGAGUUCCGUAACAACAAGCCCACGUGCAUCAAACCUGUCAGGGGUAGAGAUUUAUUCAUUGCAGUCUUGGUCAAGAACAUCAAGCCUCAAUAAACCGGACGGUAAUUAUGGAAGCCAAAAGCACGAAUUUAAUGGGAGUAAAGAGGCUGCAUUUUCCUUACAUGAUUCAAAAUCAGCAAAUGCAAAAGCUGAUUGGAUUGUUGAUGUAGGAACCACUCGUGUUGGCAAGAGAAGUUAUAGGGGAAGGAAUCAGAGCAGCGAGUCGAUAAACAGCUUCCCAUUUCCAUUGCACCAGCCUUCUCACCCGAAUUUUAUAACAUCUAUCAGCGCAGUACCAAUGAUGUUCGCUGAUAGUAACUUCAGUGCAGUGCCUGCUAAGGGGCUUCACAUGUAUGAUUGGGGCUCGAGUGCACGCAAGUCGAGACAUGCCGGCUCUAGUAUCGCACAUGGUUCUUCUGAUCUUGGUAUUCAAGAGGAAACAGCUACUUUUAAAGGCGGUCAAAAUUUUCGAGAAGCAUUGAAUGAACAUGCAGAGAAUGCAUCUGAGAUGAUUGAUAACGGGAAUGCAGUGAAUACUGAGCGUGGGUUGCCUUCAAUGAGCGUGAUGACAAGACUCGUUGUAUUGAUGGUCUGGAGGAAGCUCAUUCGAAACCCUAACGUAUACGCCAGUAUAUUGGGUCUUGCGUGGUCUCUGCUUUCAUUCAAGUUGCACCUCGAAAUGCCUCUGAUCGUCAAAGGGUCGUUACAAAUACUCUCGGAUACAGGUCUUGGAAUGGCAAUGUUCAGUCUAGGUUUAUUCAUGGGAACGCAGCCGAAAUUGAUACCUUGUGGAUAUCCAUUAGCAACAUUAGCCAUGGCCUUGAGGUUCAUAGUAGGACCACUUGUGGCUGCAGCUACUUCGGUUGCGCUGGGUAUUCGUGGCCAUCUUUUGCGUAUAUCAAUCGUACAGGCCGCCCUUCCGGCAGCGGUUAUUCCAUUUGUAUUUGCUAACGAAUACAAAGUACAUGCCGAUAUAAUGAGUGUUUCGGUUAUCUUGGGAAUACUGAUAUCAUUGCCAGUGGCAUUGCUCUAUUAUGCGGUUCUUGCAGCGAUCUAGUAUGAAAGCUUGAGUGAAUUAAGCUCCAUGCAGAGCAAAGAAGAAAAUGGUUGAAGAUGAUGUCUUCAUAAUAUUUUGGGAAAAAACAUGUGUCUGAUAUGUUUAAUUAAAUUUUGAUUGAAAUUCUAGUGCACUGAACGUCUUUAUCCUU